AUGGGUCGUGCCAAGGCCGUGAACAAGGCCUCGUUCGGGCAGCAGGGCUCGUCCAUCUCUGUCUCAUCGCAACGCUCAGAUGACGAUCGCCUGGCGUCUCGUCGUGCCAUGACCACCGUUUGGCGCAGCGAGAUUGUGCCUGCCCGCAAAUCUAUGAUUGGUGAACCCCUGCCUCACGGUUGGGCCAAGGCCCUCACGGAUAGCGGCACGCCAUACUACAUCAACCAUGAGACGCGCGUCACGCAAUGGGUAGAUCCCCGCCUCCAAAGCUGCCUGCAGGAACUAAGUGCCCACGAUGACAUUCGCUUGGCUGCGUACCGCACGGCCAUCAAGUUGCGCGAUGUUCAAGUGUACCUGCGCAUGAGCCAAAUCAAGCUGCCCACGGCGCUCAAUGCUUUCUACGCACUGGACGUACACAGCGACUACUCCUCCGGCCAGCAGAUUGAUGCCGAGGAAAUGGCCGUUGUCUUGAUGGAGAUGUACGCAGACCUGCCCCACCCCCAACGCAACGUCGAAGUCAUGAUCUCCAUGAUGCUCAAGAUCUACGACCGCAAUCGCUCGGGCCACAUCUCGCUGCAAGCUUUUCAGACGGCUCUCACGCUCUUGAGCGUCUCCUGGAUUGAGGAGAAGUACCGCUUCCUUUUCACCAUCUAUGACACCAACCAAGACGAUUUCAUCACUGUGGAACAACUGACUCAAUUGUUGCGCCACGUGGUGGGCCUGCCCAACGGCAUUCGCGAAGCAUAUGCCUUCUGCCCGACCAAGGAGUUUCCGGAACAGGAGGCUCAUCGUGUCUUUGAGCUGGAACGGGAGCGCAAUGGCGCUGCCGCGACCCAGAUUUCUCUCAACACCUUUGUCAACUACUGUAUGACGGACCCACGACCUCUUCUGUGGCUUCCCGUGAUGCAUCGCGUCGCAGCAACCGAGAACUCCAAGCACGAAACGACCUGCUGCGUGUGCAAGAUGUACCCGAUCAUUGGCUUUCGCUACAAGAACAUGACCAGUAUGGACCGUGAUGUGUGCCAAGAGUGCUAUUGGACUGGCCGCGAGGGCAAUGGUCACAAGGCAUCCCACGAGGUCAAGGAGUACUGCUUCUCCUCCACCGCGCGCCAGGAUGCCAAGGACUUUUUUGGCCGCAUCAAGCGCAAGAUGACCAAGAAGAAGGCGGACGAGAGUGAAGCCGCCCGCACCGCGCGUGCCGCCAAGCCCGUACCUGUGGCUGAACCCCGCAUGUCUGUGGCUGUGCCCUAUGAACAAGCACUCCAAGAGCCGGCGGAGGGUGAUGACGUGGUCGACCACGCCGAUGUUGGCCUGUCGCAUGGAGUGGCAGGACUACAAGAUGAGCACGAUCUGAUCCAGGAAAUGGCGGCCCAGCUCAAGGCCGCAGACGAUGAGGGUGGCCCCGUGUCAACAAUGGUCGUCAAUCUCGAAACAGAGCAGAAAUUGCACUUGCUUCGUGUGAUUGAUGAACUCGACGCUGAGAACCGUCAAUUGCUACAGCGCUUGAUGGACAGUGAACGGGACCGCGUGGCCGAACUGCAAGAGCCAGUGGCCGGAGAUGAGGGCGUGCGCGAUGCCAUGCAGGGCCGCAUCAACGACCUCAAUGAGCGCAACCGUGACCUGGUUGACCAGUUGACACGGCUGCAAGCCAUGUUGGUGGCUUCUGGCAUGGCACAGGGUCACGACAACGACAACGAGCAAGUGAAUGCCCCUGCUUAUGAGCUGGCACGCGCUGGCACCCACGACGACAUGCCCAUUUAUGAGCGCGCCGCCCAUCGUGCCAAUGAAUAUCCCCCUCACACCCAGCUGCAGCAUGGCGCUCUGCAAGCGACAAACGAUGAUGAGCCGGACAUCUCUUUGUUUCUCUUCGUUUGGAAGGCCUAUGACCCGUCCCAUGAGCUGGCCGCCAUUGCCGACAGCCUGUCCACGGCUUUUGCCGAUUUGCGUGCCGAGGUAUGCCCCGACUCAGCCCUGCGAUACCUCAUGGCUAUCGCUUUUACACCAUGCCUCGCUGCCCCCAAGCCCACCGAACCAGGCCACUGCUUGGACGAGAUCAAGGCCUCAUCGGAUGCCCCCACACGGGCACCACGCCGAUCGCUGCUGAACUCGGAAGAACGACGCGAGCUAUGGGGCGCCGAGACUGCUGCCAUGCUCGAAGAGCAGGAUCAGUAUGGCAACACCCCACUCCCCCGCGACACAAUCAAGCGUCAGAAGAACUCGAUUCGCUCGGCAUCGUUCCGGCUUCGAGCUCGCCUGGGUCGCCUCGCAUCCUACUCCCCCGAUCCAGCGUCCAUGGCGCAGGACUUUGUGCUUGCCGCCAGCCCCAUGCCGACACCUGGGCGUCGUGGAUCUGACACUCGCGCCAGCGAUGCAUCGCCCCCUUUGCGUGCACGUGAGAACAGCCGACGCUCAUCGGCAGAAGGACCGCCGCCGCCGCCUGCCCUGACCACCUCAACGCCCCGGGUGUAUCGUGCGCCAAGCAUGGCAGACGCCUCGCCUGACGCAUCCGGUGAAGGCCGCAUUGCCCGUCACGCAGCCACUGUGCGACGACCGGAUCUUGGUGAACGCCGCUUGAGCGAUGAGCGGCUGGGAGCCGUGUCAAACAACUUUGAGAGCCGCGUGCUAGCCAGCCGCGCCCGUGUCCAGCAAAUCCUUGGUGUGCAAUCGCCCGAUGUGACCGAGGCCAAUGCCGUGCGAGACUAUUUGACGGUCUUCAGCGACGGCUACCUCUUUUGUCUUUUGGCUAACCACCGCCUUCGUGAGCGCAAGCUGACACAAGUCAAGCCGUACCGAUCACCGCUCAAGGCCUACCCCUCUGCGGCUGAGCGACUGACCCCAUCUCAAGUGGUCGAGAACUUCAACAUGUUUCACUCGGCUUGGCGUACUCUGGGUUUCGAUGAGACCCGAGUUCCCACGUGGGGAGACAUUACGCACGUGGCGGAGGAAGUUGAUCUGAGUCCGCAGCAGCGUCGAUACAGCCUGAAGGUCCUCGAGGCCGUUGAAACCCUUUUGGCGUUGUCCGAGUCCAAGGCGUAA